AUGCGUGGGCGGCGGACGGGCGCCGGCGCGCGGCGACGCCUCGCGCAGCCACCGCCAGAGGCGCUCUCGUCGCCACGCCGCACUCCACAGUGCAACAGGCCGGCAGUCUCCGGCGUGACGUCCCAGAAGGCGGCAGCACACGGCAGCAGCAGCAGCAGCAGCAGCAGCAGGUGGUGCGCCAACCGAUUGUUAAGGCGGGUGAAGGCAACGGCCCCCACCACCACCACCACCACCACCACCACCACCACCAAAAGAACGGUGCCUAGCUCCAAUGCACUCGAUGUCAACAAAGGACGGCGGAAGUUCGGUAGACACGCGUCGGCCACGCCUCUCUCCUCCGGCUCGCCCCUCUACACGUCGCUUCCGUCACCACGCAGCAGCGCUGCUCCGUCGCUGCUGGGCCACUGGCUGUCCAGUCAGACUGCUGCCCCCUGA